AUGGACCGUCACCACCAACAACAGCGCCGCAGAUUUCUUGCUGUAACGGCGCCGUUUUCCUCCGAGACUCCCAUUUCCUGUUCAAUGGAUCAAACCCCUAGUAGUCCUAAAACUUCUGCACAAGACCCUUACCAAGAAACUCUUGAAUCUGCCUUUUCAAGACUAAAUGUAUCUCAUGAUACCCAAAAUUUAUAUCCAGGUUCUUAUGGCGAUCUCUUUGAUGGGUCUGUUGUAAAUUUUAACAUUUCUGAUGAUUUUGUAUCUAGUGGCCAUGGCCAGGCUGGUUUUUUGCAAACGCAAAACAAUGAUAUAAAUGCUUUUGGGGCCACGACGGUUGAAGAUUUUGUUCAUAAUCCAGUCAUGGACGGUUCUAAUUCUGAUUGGACUACUACUUUUGUUUAUGGUGGCGCGUAUCAAAAUCCAAACUUUAAUGACGACCGGAGAGGAUUAAUGCAAAGAGAAUCGAAUUAUGGGUCUAUCAAUAAUGGUUUGGUGUCUAAAAACCGGAAUUCUGGGAUCAGGGGGCCACUUUGGUUACGAGAUUGCUUGUCCUGGGAGGAUUUGAGUGGUAAGAUUGUGGAAUUGGCUAAGGAUCAAUUCGGAUGUAAAUUCUUGCAAAGGCUUAUUGAGAGUGCAACAAGAGAACAAAUUGACAUGUUGUUUUACGAGAUGAUAAACUAUGUGGGUGGGUUGAUAGUGGACCCAUUUGGGAAUUAUCUUGUACAAAAGCUUGUAGAGGUGGUUAGUGAGGAACAGAGGACUUGGAUUUUGCGAAUGUUAACUCGAACUGACUUUCAACUUGUGAGGAUUUGUCUUGAUGUGCAUGGAACUCGGGCUGUACAGAAGUUGUUGAAUUGUAUUACAAACCCGCAGCAAGUUUCUAUGGUUGUAUCAGCUCUAAGCCAAGGUGCUGUUGCAUUAAUUAAGGAUUCCAAUGGUCAUCAUGUGAUCCAGCAUUCUGUGAAGUAUUUUUCUACUGAAGACAAUAAGUAUAUUCUGAAACAGGUGGCAGAGCACUGCUUUGGGAUUGCAACCAACAAGAGCGGAUGCUGUGUGCUGCAGCGAUGUGUUGAAUACUCUGAGGGUGAACCCAGAGAUCGACUGGUGGCUGAGAUAAUAGCAAAUGCUCUACUCCUGGCAGAAGAUCAUUAUGGGUUUGUUUUACUAAACCUCAUCAAUGCUUUACUUCAUAUGCAAACUCCACAGAUCACAGAAAAUCUCCUCGCACAGUUUGAAGGGAGUUACAUGGCUCUUGCAUGUAAUAAGUAUGGAAGUAAUGUUGUGGAAAGGUGCCUGUCCACAACGAGAGAGGACCAAUCCACACAAAUUAUCAUGGAGUUGCUAAGCAAUCCAAGUGCUUCCAUGCUCCUUGUGGAUCCUUUUGGAAACUUUGUUAUCCAGAAGGCACUAUCAGUAUCUCAGGGACAAGUCCAAAGAGGUUUACUUGCUCUGAUAGAACGGAAUGCUCAAAUGAUGCGCAGCAAUAUCUAUGGGCAAAAGGUGCUUGUUUGGUUGGCCAGGAAUAGGAGGCUGCUAUACACACCUGUAGGCAUGUAUAAACUGAGGGAGUAA